GUAGGGCUGCUACCUGUAGACAAAAAUAUUAAUCGCUGCCAAGGUUAAUUUUGUCGUACACAGAGGUAUUAAGCCGUCUCACAAGCUCAACAGUCAAAGAUUGAUUCCACGAGCGAACGUCACAUCAUUUCCAGGGAGUGUGGUUCUAAUAUCGGGUACCAACACGUGUCUAUCUUUCGAUUAAUUGCCAUAUAAACCGGAGGGAGAGAGACUGUGUGUGAGAAAGAUAGAAAAAAAAAGAAUCUCAAAUUACACAUGCACAACAGCAAAAUGUCUCUGAUUAACAAAUUUAUGAUCGUUGUCAAACGAAAAGCACCAUAUAACAAUUUGCAUCAUGUGUAUAAAUAUUCAACGAGUUUCAAUGAAAGGCAAGGCGACCCUAACAAUUCGAUUACGAAGUCAGUAUUCAUAUCGCAAUCCACAGAUGUGUUCACCAAUUUAGCAUUAGAAGAUUGGUUUUAUAAGAACUAUAAUUUCACAAAUCACCAUAUACUACUUCUAUGGCGUAACGAUCCGUGCAUAGUGAUCGGACGUCACCAAAACCCAUGGCUCGAGCAUAACUCUCAAGUGGCUGAAAAACGCGGUAUAGCACUUGCUCGUCGUAAUAGUGGCGGCGGCACUGUCUACCAUGAUAAUGGUAAUUUGAAUUUGUCCUUCUUCACACCGCGGGAACGAUAUAAUCGAAAGUAUAAUCUGGGCAUCAUUACCAGAGCUCUGUAUCGAGAAUGGGGUAUAGAAGCGGACAUUAAUAAACGAGAAGACAUCGUUGUUGAAGAGAAAUUCAAAGCACCCUUUUAUAUAUCUGGUACUGCAGCGAAAUUAGGACGGCCUAACGCAUAUCAUCACUGCACGCUAUUGGUCAAUGUAAACAAAACAGCUUUAAGCUUAGCUCUGGAGAGAAAAGAGGAUGGUAUAGAAACAAAUGCUACAGCAUCCACGCGUUCUCCAAUAAAGAAUUUAAUAGAUGUGAAUUCUCAUAUCAGAAUGGACAAAUUGAUUAAUGCAUUAGGUUGGGAAUUUCUUCGUACUAAAGCUUUCGUUCUAGAAGAUGGUGGACAAGAUCUCAUUCAACGUCAAAAAGGAUUUCAAUACAUUAAUCCCACCGAGGACUGGUUUCCAGGCUUAGAUAAAUUAGUAAGUGAAUUUCGUUCCUGGGAAUGGAAUUACGGUAAAACGCCGAAAUUCACGGUAACACGCGUUCUGGAUGUGCCUACAGAAGAUAACAAGAUUCAUCGAUUUAAUUUGGCGCUAGAAAUACAGAAUGGCAUCAUUGAAGAAAUCAAGAUGAGACUGCCAGCUAGUUUGGUAUCACAUGAUUUUAGUGAAGACGCGAGCGUGAUAACCAAUCUACGCGGUACGAGGUACGAUCACCAAGUAAUGGAAAAUAUAAUAGCCACGAUCGGUUGUAAGACUGUUACAUUAAGCACAAGCCAAAACGUAGAUAAAAGUAAUAUGAUUGCUACGCAAUGAUUAAAGCCGUCGAAUAAUCACAAUGAUUGAGUUUAAAUUGCUGUGUUUAAAACGAGAACCGAGUUAUUGUAUAACAAA